AUGGACCAAAUGAAUGUUGAAUUUAAUGUCACAUAUCUAAGAUUUAUUGGCCAUGUGGAAUUGUACAAAUUCAGAUUUCUGUAUUUUCUGAUCAUGUUUAUUGUGUAUGUUCUGAUACUCUGCAGUAAUUCCAUUAUCUUGUGCAUCAUCUGGGUUCAUAAAAGCCUUCAUGAGCCCAUGUAUAUUUUCAUUGCAGCUUUGUUACUAAACUCCAUUCUUUUCAGCAUCAAUAUCUACCCGAAGCUUUUGAUCGACUUUCUGUCUGACAAACAGGUCAUAACUCAUUCACAUUGUGUCUUUCAGUUUUUUGCCUAUUAUUCUCUAGGUGGAUCUGAGUUCUUACUGUUGUCAUCCAUGGCCUAUGACAGGUAUGUGUCUAUAUGUAAACCUCUGCAAUAUCCAAAUAUCAUGAGAAAAACAACUGUCAGUGUUUUGCUGCUUUUAGCUUGGCUUGUGCCUGCUCUUCAGCUUAUGUUGCCAGUUUUAAUUAGUAACGAUUUACCACUCUGUAGAUUUACUUUGACUGGAAUUUUUUGUAAUAACUCAAUUUACAACCUUUUUUGUGUGAUUCCAAGAACACUGUCAAUAUCUGGUGUGUUUAAUCUGCUUACGAUGGUACUUCUCCCCAUGCUUUUCAUACUGUUUACAUACACAAGGAUUCUGAUAAUAUCCUAUCAAAGUGGCAGAGAUGUCAGGAAAAAAGCUGCACAGACCUGUUUACCUCACCUGCUGGUUUUAAUGAGCAUUUCAUGUUUGUCCUAUUAUGAUAUCAUUAUAGCUCGGCUGCAAGUCUCUUUCUCCAGUACUGCACGUUUAAUAAUGACCUUACAGUUGAUCAUCUAUCAUCCUCUGUUUAAUCCAAUCAUAUACGGCAUAAAAAUGAAAGAAAUCUCAAAACACCUAAAGAAGUUGUUGUGUGAAGGCAAACUGACCUAA